AUGACAAUGAAGAUGUUUGUGUGUAUGCGCUACACUUUUGAGUGCCGCCGCUUAGAUGUUACACAGGGCGGUAAAGCGUACUACGAGACAAUACUUCGGGCCCCUAGGGGGGGAAUAGAGACAGAUUCCGACUCCGAAAGUUCCGGUGUCGAAAACUCUGGGGACUCGCAAUCGGAUGAUAUUCCACUUCUAAACGAGUCAAAAAUGAACGUGCCAGACAUGAAUGGUGUGGUCUUGAAGAAUCCAGAGCCAGUGGCGGGUAGGAGAACUGCCCUGCCUGCUCGACAAUCGAGCCCCCCAACUUUCAGUUUGCUGGCGCUUUUACGAAGCAAUAUUGGACGCGACUUAACGAAAAUGAGGCUGCCUGCCAUUCUGAAUGAACCGCUGAGUGUUCUUCAGAACCUCUGCGAAGAAAUGGAAUACAGUCAAUUGCUGGACGCAGCGGUGGAAAUGAAGGAUCCAAUGCAGAGGAUGCUCUACGUAGCCACCUUCGCUAUAUCUGGCUACGCAAGCACAGCUACUCGAACGGCUACGAAGUCCUUUGCUCCCCUUCUGGGCGAGACUUUUGAAUGCAUCCGACCGGAAAAACAGUGGCGGUUCUUGGCUGAACAGGUGAGCAACUCCCCGCCCACUGCGACAGCCCACUGCGAAUCCAAAUUGUGGGUUUUCGAUCAGGAAUUUGGGAUCAAGUACAAAUUUUGGGGCAAAACCCUGGAGAUCAAUGCCACAGGCGGGUGUCACCUCUACUUCCCUCGGUGGCGAGAGACGUACACGUGGAACAAGGUCACCACUUCGGUUACCAACCUGGUGUCACCUACAGGCCGCACGUUGGACCACACGGGAGACAUGAUGGUGGAGUGCUCGAACAGAGUGACCAGCAGUAUUCACUUCAGCAAGUCCGACACUCGGCGCCAAGACACGUACCGAAGUGUCCGUGGCACCGUUCAACCGCCGCCUGGAUCCUCCGAGCCGCAACGCCCUAUCUACGGACGAUGGGACAAGAUACUUGUUUCAAGGGACGAGAACAAUGACGACCGCUGUAUUUGGAGGGCCAAUCCCCUUCCGUCAAACUCAUCUUACUACUACGGCUUCACGCAGUUUGCUAUUGAACUUAACGAACCUCCAGCGCCAGAUGCGGUUUCUUCUGGUCGUCUGCCAAUCACCGAUACGCGUCUUCGACCGGACAUCCGCCUUCUGGAGCUGGGUAGAGUUGAAGACGCGGAAGCAGAUAAUAAAAGGAUAGAAGACGAACAACGUCGUCGACUAAAGCUUUGCAGUUCACGAGAUGUUGAGGGUAAUAAUCCCUGUAAACCCCUUUGGUUCAGCCAAAAAACAAAGCCUCUGCAAGCAGACAGGCACGGCACCUCGUAUGAGUUCAAUCCAGCCUACUGGCGUUAUCGUGAAUCCGGUCGUGGCUUACGUUUUGGAACUCUUUUAACACAGAUCAUUCGACCCGUGAGCGGUGCUGCGGCCCCUCUUAAAGAUGAAGAUCGCAUUUUUAACAACCUCUAUGGCAGGCAUGAUUGGCAUCUCAAAGGCGCAAUUCAAAGAGGCCGUUGGUACAAGACAAAGGAGAUCAUUUUGAAAGGUCAAGACUGGAUUAUUGAGGAGAUUAAAAAGUCAGGUCUUCGUGGUCGUGGCGGUGCCGGAUUUCCAACCGGUGUUAAGUGGGGCUUCAUGCGUAAACCGGAUGAUGGCCGUCCUCGCUAUUUGGUUGUUAAUGGCGACGAGGGAGAGCCAGGUACCUGUAAAGACCGCGAAAUCAUCCGCCACGACCCACACUCUCUCAUUGAGGGUUGUUUGAUAGCUGGAGUCGGUAACGGUGCUCAAGCAGCCUACAUCUACAUUCGUGGUGAAUUCUACAAUGAAGCCUGUAUCCUUCAAGAAGCGAUCAACGAGGCCUACGAUGCUGGAUUGAUCGGGAAAAAUGCCUGUGGUUCAGGCUAUGCUUUUGACGUCUACAUUCAUCGUGGUGGUGGUGCAUACAUCUGCGGUGAGGAAACCGCUCUUAUUGAAUCCAUUGAGGGGAAGCAGGGCAAACCUCGUCUGAAACCGCCUUUUCCCGCCGAUGUGGGUCUUUUUGGUUGUCCCACGACAGUGAACAACGUCGAGACGGUGGCUUCCUCGCCCACUAUCUGCCGAAGGGGUGGCGAGUGGUUCGCGUCGUUUGGACGGGAGAGAAAUCAUGGAACCAAGCUCUUCAAUAUCUCUGGCCAUGUGAAUAAUCCGUGUACGGUGGAGGAGAGCAUGUCGAUUCCUCUGAAGGAUCUGAUUGAGCGUCACGCAGGUGGUGUGCGAGGAGGCUGGGACAACCUCUUGGCGGUCAUUCCUGGUGGCAGUUCCACGCCAGUCAUUCCAAAGAGCAUCUGCGAAACAGUGCUGAUGGACUUUGACGCCCUGGCCGAGGUGCAGUCAGGUCUGGGCACCGCGGCCGUUGUGGUGAUAGAUAAGUCGGCGGACAUAAUUCGCUGUAUUGCGCGUCUCAGUGAGUUUUACAUGCACGAAUCCUGCGGCCAAUGCACGCCAUGUCGCGAGGGCUGCGCGUGGAUGUGGAAGGUGAUGCAGCGCUUCCGUGAGUACAUUCCUCAAAAGGGCAACGCGAAGGAGGAGGAGAUUGAAUUCCUCAACGAGAUAUCCAAACAAAUCGAGGGUCACACCAUCUGCGCCUUUGGCGAGGGCGCCUCUUGGCCUGUUCAGGGUCUUAUCCGUCACUUCACACCGGACAUCAAGCGUCGAAUUGCCGAGUACUCGGAGAAAAGAGUGGAGGCGUCAGUUCAUCAGGUUCCACAGCCACAACCACCACCGUCUCAGUGGCCUCGACAUCUACCACCAGCCCAAAGGCACACCCGGUUCUCCAGUAAUCUGCCAAUCAACCACUCCUUUGCAAAGGUGGAACCUCAACCGACAUCUCGCCAGAUUGCCAAAAGACCCGCACUGCUGCUAGUGAGACCUGUCUUUACUCAGGCCCCAUUCAUUCCCAAGAAAUACCUUCUCCUCCUCCAAAGUGGUAGAAAGGACGACAACACGGAAAAGUCAUUGACAAAACCGACAAAUGACUGUUGGUCAAGGUCUGCGUAUCCCAAGGCCAAAGACGCUGCGUUCACGUGUUCGACAUGCGCACUCACCCGCCAACCGCAUGCGUGUCACCUGUCAAAGUUCAUCCACCUGCCGAUCAAUGCUAUCGAGUUGCUUUCAAAUUUGACAGUUGCGCGCACACAUGGCUGUCUCGAAUACGACCGACUGUGGACGGUUUUGUGGACUCGUCCUCUUGGUGUACCUCUUACUACUGACGGUGAACCAGGUGACGCCGUCGAGCUUCUUGCCUCUUGUAAGUGCGUCUCUGCCCCCGCCUCAACGUCAUCACCUCACUCGUGUGAGGCACAAGUAAUGACACCUUUGUUUCCCACCGACAGAUGGCGCCGGAAGGGGGAAGGUCAGAGUACUGGAUUGCCCCCCACCUCUGACCAUGAAAAGAAAUGUGGCCUGCAAAUUCACCUACCCCAACUAUGGCCGGCGCCACUUCCCUCGCCCCCUCUCUCGCCCUCGUGCUCGUUUCCGCCAUCCUCUACAGUCGGCAUGCCUUCCAAGUCACCGACGUGUUGUCUGCUCUAUUCUGGCGAGGUAGUCAAGGCGCGAGGUCUCACAACACGCAGGCGGAUCCAAGCAUCACUGCUGCUGCGGACGCGUAGUACAAUGCCCACCUCAGCGUUUGAGCCUUAG